GGCUGGACGAGGCUCCUCCUGUCCCCGGCAAGCGGUGCUUGCUUGCGUGCGUGUGGGUGCCUGGGGCGGGCAGAAAGGAAUCCCCCCCACGCAACUUUUCCUUCCUCCUUUGCACUCACUCGCUCCCCCUCCAAAAAAAAAGAAAAACCCAAAACGCGGAGGGGGGGGGGAGUUUGAAACCAAGCAAGAACUCCUUGCCCCGAGUUUCCUCUCUCACAGGCUGCAGUCAGAGGGAUGGAAGCCAGGGCAGCAGCAGAGUGAGAGCCGCCGAGGCAGCUGCGUGUGUGCGCGCAAAGAGGAGCGGAGGAAAGCGCGGGGGGCUCAACCACCCCCGAAGCGAAAGCGGAGAAUAGCCGAGAGAGAGAGAGAGAGAGAGAGAGGAAACUUCUUCUCGCUUUGCCCCGCCGCUCUCGACUGGAGGAUCGCUCGCUCCGUCCGCGCGCCGUUGCCACAGAGGAGCGAAGGUUGCGAGGCGCAGCAGCAGCAGCAGCGCUGGAUAUGAGCGAGUCGCGCCGCCGGGCAGCGGGGAAGGAGCGCGGGGCCGCCACCGCCUCGCCUCCGCUCGAGGGUCCCGCGAAGAAGCGGAGAGGCAAGGGCAAAGGGGGCGCCGGCCGGAGAGGCGCUGCUCGCGAGGAAAGCGGGCCAGCUGUGCCUCCUAAAUUGAAGGAGAUGAAAAGCCAGGAAUCAGUUGUGGGUCAAACAUUAAUUCUCAGAUGUGAAGCCAUUUCUGAGCACACUUCUCUCAAAUUCAAAUGGUUAAAAAAUGAAAAGGAAAUAACAAAAAAAGAUAGACCGGAGAACAUCAAAAUCAAGAGCCCCAAAAAACAAAAGACAAUCUCAGAACUUCGCAUUUCUAGGGCUUCACUGGCUGAUGCUGGGGAAUAUACAUGCAAAGCAAGCAACAAGCUUGGGAAUGACAGCACGAGAGCUCGGGUAACAAUCACAGACACCAAUGAACCCACCAACAUGAUACCAGUUUUGACAAAAGCAUCAAACACAUCCUCACAACUUAUAGACAAGAUUCCAGCAUCGACGGAAGGAACAAAUACAUCUUCUUCCACAUCUACAUCUACCACUGGGACAAGUCAUCUCACAAAGUGUGGUGUGAAUAAGAAAGACUUCUGUGUAAAUGGAGGCGAGUGCUUCAUGGUCACAGAUCUCCCAAAUCCACGAUAUUUGUGCAGGUGCCCAAAUGAAUUUACUGGUGAUCGCUGUCAAAACUACGUAAUGGCAAGCUUCUACAAGCAUCUUGGGAUUGAAUUUAUGGAAGCUGAGGAACUCUACCAGAAAAGAGUGUUGACAAUAACUGGCAUCUGCAUUGCUCUCCUAGUAGUUGGAAUCAUGUGUGUUGUGGCCUACUGCAAAACCAAGAAACAGCGGAAAAAGUUGCACGACCGCCUCCGGCAAGGCCUUCGAUCUGAGCGCAACCAUAGAGUCAAUAUGGCAAAUGGGCCUCACCAUCCUCACCCGCCGCCAGAAAACGUCCAGCUGGUGAAUCAAUAUGUAUCAAAAAAUGUAAUAUCCAGUGAGCAUGCUGUUGAGAGAGAAACAGAGACAUCAUUUUCUACAAGCCAUUAUACCUCAACGACUCACCAUUCCACGACGGUCACCCAGACACCUAGUCACAGUUGGAGCAACGGUCGGACCGAAAGCAUAAUCUCUGAAAGCCAUUCUGUGCUUGUGAGCUCCUCAGUUGAGAACAGCCGGCAUGCAAGUCCGUCAGGCCCCCGAGGGCGUCUCAAUGGCAUUGGAGGGCCACGGGAAUGUAAUAGUUUUCUCAGGCACGCCCGAGAGACACCCGACUCCUACCGCGAUUCACCACACAGUGAGAGGUACGUAUCUGCAAUGACAACACCAGCUCGCAUGUCACCUGUAGAUUUCCAUACUCCAAGUUCUCCAAAGUCGCCUGCCUCAGAAAUGUCUCCACAGGUCUCCAGUUUAACAAUGUCUGUCCCUUCUGUGGCAGUCAGCCCGUUUAUAGAAGAGGAGAGGCCUCUCCUUCUGGUGACACCACCCCGGUUACGGGAAAAAUAUGAGCAUCACAUACAACAGUUCAACUCCUCUUACCACCAUAACCCCGCGCAUGAAAGCGGCAGCCUGCCACCAAGUCCGCUGAGGAUAGUGGAGGACGAGGAAUACGAAACCACACAAGAGUAUGAACCGACGCAAGAGCCCCCCAAAAAACUAGUCAACAGUCGGAGGGCAAAAAGAACAAAGCCCAAUGGCCAUAUCUCCAAUAGGUUGGAAAUGAACACCGACACAAGCUGUGAGAACAGUAGCUCAGAGAGUGAAACAGAAGAUGAAAGGAUAGGGGAGGAUACACCUUUUCUGAGCAUACAAAACCCCAUAACAGUCAACCUGGAAUCAGCUACUGCAUAUCGACUGGCUGACAGCAGGACUACCCAAAACAGUCGGUUCUCAACACAGGAAGAAUUGCAAGCAAGAUUGUCCAGUGUGAUAGCUAACCAAGAUCCCAUCGCUGUAUAAGAGAGAGAGAGAGAAAGAAACACUUUAAAAAAAAAAAACCCACAUAGAUUCACAUGUAAAACUUUAUUUUAUAUAUUGAAGUACUCCACCUUUAAAUUAAAAACAAUUUAUUUUAUUUUAGCAGUUCCGCUAUUAGGAUUAAAAAUGACAAAACAGGAAAAAAAACUUUUAUAAAUUAAAUAUAUAAUGUAUAUACAAAAAGUGUUAUGUGCCAUAUGUAGCAAUUUUUUUACAGUAUUUCAAAAAUGAGAACGAUAUCAAUGGUGCCUUUUUUGUUAUGUUAUGUUGAGAGCAAGUUUUGUAAAAGUUACAAGUGAUUGCUGUUCCACAGUAUUUCGCAGAAGUCUCUAACAUUCUGGGUUAUUAUCUUCCCCCACAACCUCUGCCCACAACCCGGCCCCUUUUUUUCUCCUUCGUGCAUUGCAUUAGUGGCGACUGGCUGUACAACCUGCAAGAAUUGCAACAGUCCCUGUGUUUGCUUGCUGUAGCCCCUGAUCAAAAACGUUCUGUACUGGCAUAGCUACCUAAAGAACAGAGCACAUGCCUUUCUUUUAUAAGAGGUGGUUAUAUCCUUACCUUGUAUGAGCUGGGUUUUGUCUGCUCUCUCACAGGACCACGGUUUGCUUUGGGAGCCUUGAAGAAAAUGGUAGAUCCAACCGUUAUGCCAUUGUUUACGACAGGCCAAUACCAAAAGAUAACAAAAGACGUAAAGCUAUAUUGAAUAUUUGACAGAAAUACUGUGGGCUUUAAGUUUAAUAUAAUUAACCAAGAAUCUCCCUGAACCUCUAUAAAAA